AUGAAUGACCCGCUGGCCGGGAUCGAGCCCGGGAGAUCCCGGGGGCGGGCCGUGAGCUCUCUGCGCGGGGUCGGGGGUGGGCCGCCGGCUCCGGAUCCCGCGCUGUCGAAGACCGACGGGGACCUCUCAGCGGCAGGUGGGGACGUGAGAUCGCGGACGCGAGAGAAUUUGGAUUGCCAGCCCUGGGUCAGAGAGAAAGUGCUCUUUCUUCUGAACCCCGAGAGGUGGUUGGGAACACAAGCGGACCGUGUUUGCGCAGAGCUGGUGGAUAGCGAGGGCUUCCGUCCGAGGAUUGAAGACCACCGCAAUUCGGAACCGGAACCGAAGCUUUCCCGCAGACGCAUUGCCACAGUCCCCGGAGCCCAGCCUCGGAACCCAGCAGCCACCCCCAGGUCCGUGUUGGUGCGGGUCGUGGAUUACCAUGAGACGCAGGAGGUGCAGCGGACUGAGUGGACCAAGGGUCAGAUGACUACGAGGACCAAGGAGCGCUCUGUAACGGCCGUCACCUUUCGCACCCAGAGUGAUUGA